CCGCUUAAAUCAGCAUCAAAAAGCGAGCGUGGUGGACCGAGCGUGCGCACACGAGAGCUCCAAUAGACUCAGUUGAAUAGCAAUUUAUUGAAAGAAAGAAAAAAAAACCCUGGGAGGGGAUACUGAGGUUGGGGGGAGCGAGAGAGACUGUGGGAGCACAAUUAUAUUUUCCCCUCACAGACUCUGAGAACAGAAUAGAUCACAUCACAGGCGAGGAGGAAAUUUCAUAUUCCUUGGUGAAGCCCAAUCGCUGAAAGCUCUCCUCGCGCUCAGUCAGCUGUGGAGCUGUCCGCCGGCGUGUGCGCAUGUUUGACUGUUAUUUGGCGGCAAUGGGACCAUAGCAAAUCGAGAUCUUGCGAAUAUAGGAGUAACUAAGCCCAUAAACAGGACAAGAACAAACCUCUCAAUACGGAGUAACUAUGGAGAAACGCCAAGAACAAAAUUUGUAACGUGGUGGAAACCACAAAAAAGGAUUUACCUCUUGGAAUAUUUGUAGCCCGGUCGCAUUUAUUCACAAUAUAGUUUUUCUUUCAAGAUAAUUUGUUUCUUUUUUGUAUUUUGGAACAACAGUAGCCGCAAGUAUGGACAGGGAGACACAAUUUUGUUGGGGAUGCUGGAGAUGGAUGAUGCUGUCCAGUUUUCUCGUUCUGCACUUGAUUCCUUUGUAUGCACAUGGGAACUCCUUUGGGGCCAAUGGCACAGAGACGGACAACAAGGUGAACAUGUCCUCACCGUUCAACAAGGAGGACGAGCAGAUGGCCGGGGUCACGGGGUCGGUCAGCCCCGUUUCCCCCCCACUGCGAGCUGAACGCAAGCCCAGGGCUGGGGAGGAACUGGGGAGCGGCAUGCUGGCAGAGGGUGUCCCCCCUGGGGGCCACGGUCACGAGAUCAGCCUGGAUUCAGCGGAAAAGGACCACCUUCUCAACGUGGAGUCUGAGGCCAUGGGCUCCAACCUGCCCACUCUACCCGCCCUGCACAGCCCAGCAGAUGUGCAUCUGGAUUUCAAGGAUGAGAACGACCAACUGCCCCACACUGAGCCUCCGUGGGCCAAGGGGCACCAGGAAGUCCAUGUGUUCGACCUGGACCACCAGGGACCCAUCCCCACGCCCAGCCUGCCCCCCUACCAACCCGAUGCCGUCACCGUGGACUUCUUCGACCCUGCCUCACGUCGUCGGAAGCUGGACCUGUCCUCCCCUGAAACAGGCGCCCAUGAGCUGCAAGGAGGCAACCCCAACUCCUGGGAGCUGCCAGACGGCUAUGAGUACACCCCCAACUACGAGGACAGCACCGUGACCCUGUACCCCAGCCGGAAGGAUGACACCAUCUUGCGCUUCGCGACGGCUCCCCCCUCGGUGCGCUUCGACCCCCGCCGCCCUGACCUCCCGCUGCCGGGUGGACCUGCUGAGGACGAGGAGCCCCCCGCUGCCCCGGGAGUGGUGGAUGCCACCAACGCGUCCGCCUGUCGGCCGGGCUACGUGCGCCACAAUGCCACCUGCCGCUCUGUCUGCGACUUCUUCCCCAGCUACUGCUUCAACGGGGGGCAGUGCUAUCCGUUGGAGGGAGCAGUUGGAGUCUUCUGCAGGUGCAAUGUGCAGGACUACAUCUGGCACAAGGGCUCCAGGUGCGAGUCUGUGAUCACGGAGUUCCAGGUGAUGUGCAUCGCCAUCGGUGCGGCCGCCGUCAUGGUGCUGCUGCUCUUCAUGAUCACCGUCUGCUUCGCCAAGAAGCUGCACCUGCUCAAGACCGAGAACAGCAAGCUGCGCAAACGCAGCAGUAAGUACCGGCCUCCCUCGGAGCAACACAAUGAUAAUUUCUCCCUGUCCACCAUCGCUGAGGGCUCCCACCCAAACAAAACCAUGAGCAGAUACACCUGGGAGUGUAAGACCAAAGAGGAGCCCGAGUGUGAGGAUGACCCUAACGCGCAGAACAAACUGGAGGACCCUGUGAAGUCCCCCCCGCCUAAGGAGGAUGAGCCGCUGAACAUCCAGAACUCGCUCACCCCCAAACACGAGAACAACAAGGCCGCGUGCGAGGAGAACUCCUCGGAGGUAAACUCACUACAGAACAACAUGAUGUAAUACCACAACCCACCACACGCAGGCGCCCCCGCCCCUGCCACACCAACCCCCCAGCCCCUUCGCUGCCGUCAAGACCACCGCCAUUCAGCGCCACUGCAGAAACUCCACAUCUGGCCCUCUCCCCUUGCACCCACUUGUCCCUCCCAAUCCUUCUAGCCCCUAUUGCUGUACCCCCACAACCCCCGCCGCCGCCCCCCCCCCCCCCCCUCCCCCCUCGCCCUACCCUACCUUCCCGAGUAACGGCAUGCGUCGGUGUAUUUUGUACAAAAGAUAAAAAGAUUUAUGGGAAAAAGAUGUUACAAAACAAAAGCUACUGAGAGAUUUUGAUGUUUGUUUGACUAAUUCAGUGAGUAUGUAUAAAUAUAUGAAAAAAAUGCUUGGAUUGAUAUAUAUAAAAAAAAAAAACACAAUGUGUCUUCGUUUUCAUUGAUGUGAUUUCUAAUCCUUUGAUGUAUUUGGGGUUUUUUUGUACUUUUUGGGAAUAUGGAAUACAAACAGAAAAAAGAAAAACCAGACUGUUGUUGAAAUAAACCUUUUUAACAUUAAAAAA